AUGUUUGAUAAAAUAUAUAAAACUAUUUUUGCUGUCUCCACGCGGCUAGUAUCAUUUCUUAUUGCAAUUGGGCUACUCGGAUUAUGCGGUCUCGACAUUUUUUUACGGAUUUACAAGAAUAAAUAUGUCCUUAUUGGUGCAGGGUCGAGUGUUUGUCUGUUGGGAGUUGGUGCACUCUUGAUCAUCUCGUCCCGCAAGUUAUCUAUCCGCUCGGCACUCCAAGAUACACCCAAGUUGUAUGUUCCUAUCAAUCCCUCAGAUGUGCCAAAGCGAGUAUAUCGUCUUAUCCAAGCCGAUCUUUCCAAAGUUGCCAACAUCUCACUCGAAGCAAAACCACGACCUGAGGAUGCGCUUGACCUUGGAUGGGGCAAGAUUGGAUCUCAGCUGGAGACCAUCCAUUACAAAACAGCUGCCAUUCAAACAUUUGAGUUGUUAGAAAAAGCGGCAACGGAGAUAUCACCCUUUUACCGGCGAGAUCCGAGUGUGAGCGCAAGGCGAUAUAUUGAGAUGCUGAUUGCCGAAACCGUUCUUCGAAAAGAUGUUGCACACUAUUAUAUUGAUCGCUACGAGCAGCUGCGGUUUGGACCUCGGCAGAUGAGCGAGGCAGAAUACAAGGAGUUUAUGAAGGUUUUUGCUUUGCUAUUUAGAAGCCUCCGAUACCCUGAGUUACCUGGUUGA